CCUUUAACGGGAUGGGACGCGGCUCUGCCGUAAGCCCUUAGAGCUUGUUAUCCCUGCCCGGGUCAGCCUACGGGGGCUGCUCUGACUGACACUGCUGUAGACGCGGUCUCGCGUCUGGAUAUGUUUCCUUCUCCACCGGGCUGUUUCUUCGAUAUCGUGAAGCCGCGUAGGAAAUAAGCUUGGUUCCCAGCUCGGUCGGGAGCGUGCCGCCGUUCCUCGGCGGGGGGAGAUGCCUCGGGGCUGGGAGGCAGAAGCAGGCGUUUUCCCAGGGUCCGCGGAGCGGUGCCGACUCCCGAGACAUGAAGGCAGGCGGGUGUAAUGGAGUAAGAGCGAAGACGGCUCCUCUCAUCUGCCAUUUGCCCUUCCAGACGGGAUUGUAAACCGAGAGAGUUGAGGAAGGCUGUGCGAAAGAAGGAGGAAAUUCCCCUCGUCGGGUUUUUUUCCCUUUUUUUUUUUUCUCUUUCCCCCCCUCCUGCCUCGAUCCUUGGCUUCCCCAGGUAUGACUGCCUCACUGCAGCACCUUGUGCUGGUGCUCUUGCUCUCCAGUGCCACCCUGCUGCUCAGCACUGCGGCUGCUGCACAGAGUGAGGAGCGGCUGUGUGCAUUUAAGGACCCAUAUCAGCAGGACCAUGGAAUCAGUGAGAGCCGAAUCUCCCAGGAGAAUGGCACAAUUUUGUGCAUGAAAGGUAGUACCUGCUAUGGACUUUGGGAAAAAACACGAGAAGGAGACAUACAUCUUGUAAAACAAGGUUGCUGGUCUCAUAUAGGAGACCCACAAGAGUGUCACUUUGAGGAGUGUAUAGUUACAACCACCCCUUCCUUGAUUCAGAAUGGAACAUACCGCUUCUGCUGCUGUAGUACGGACUUGUGUAACGUCAACUUCACAGAAAAUUUUCCACCUCCUGACCCUACUGAUACAACACCUUACAAUUCUUCCCAUUCUUUUCAUCGAGAUGAGACUAUAGUUAUUGCCCUUGCAUCUGUGUCUGUACUGGCUGUUUUGAUUGCUGCUCUGUUCUUUGGAUACAGGAUGCUUGCAGGAGACCGUAAACAGGGUUUGCACAGUAUGAACAUGAUGGAGGCAGCAGCAUCAGAGCCCUCAUUGGAUCUGGAUAAUCUAAAGUUGUUGGAGUUGAUUGGCCGGGGACGAUAUGGAGCAGUGUAUAAAGGCUCCCUAGAUGAACGUCCAGUUGCUGUGAAAGUAUUUUCUUUUGCUAAUCGUCAGAACUUUGUCAAUGAGAGGAACAUUUACAGGAUUCCGCUGAUGGAACAUGACAACAUCGCCCGCUUCAUUGUGGGGGAUGAGAGAUUCACUGCAGACGGCCGUAUGGAAUAUUUAUUGGUGAUGGAAUAUUACCCCAAUGGUUCUUUGUGCAAAUAUUUGAGUCUUCACACAAGUGACUGGGUGAGCUCCUGUCGUUUGGCACACUCUAUAACUAGGGGCUUGGCGUACCUGCACACGGAGCUACCUCGAGGAGACCAUUACAAACCUGCAAUAUCCCAUCGUGACUUGAACAGCCGCAAUGUACUGGUAAAGAAUGAUGGAACAUGUGUAAUUAGCGAUUUUGGACUCUCCAUGAAGUUAACUGGAAACAGGCUGGUACGCCCAGGUGAGGAAGAUAAUGCAGCCAUUAGUGAGGUCGGUACAAUCCGCUAUAUGGCCCCAGAAGUGCUUGAAGGAGCAGUGAACUUGAGGGACUGUGAAUCGGCUUUGAAACAAGUAGAUAUGUAUGCUCUAGGCCUUAUCUACUGGGAGAUAUUCAUGAGAUGUACAGACCUCUUCCCAGGGGAAUCUGUGCCAGAGUACCAGAUGGCUUUCCAGACAGAAGUCGGAAACCAUCCCACUUUUGAAGAUAUGCAAGUCUUGGUGUCUAGAGAGAAGCAAAGACCAAAAUUCCCAGAAGCGUGGAAGGAGAACAGCCUGGCUGUGAGGUCACUUAAAGAAACAAUUGAAGACUGUUGGGAUCAAGAUGCUGAAGCUCGACUAACAGCGCAAUGUGCUGAGGAGAGGAUGGCAGAACUCAUGAUGAUUUGGGAGAGAAAUAAAUCAGUUAGUCCAACGGUCAACCCUAUGUCAACUGCCAUGCAAAAUGAGCGGAAUCUGUCACAUCAUAGGCGUGUAUCAAAGAUAAGGCCGUAUCCAGAUUACUCUUCCUCUUCCUACAUUGAAGAUUCAAUCCACCACAGCGACAGCAUAGUGAAGAACAUUUCUUCUGAACAUUCAAUGUCCACUACACCAUUGACUUCAGGGGAAAAGAAUAGAAACUCCAUUAACUAUGAGCGGCAACAAGCGCAAGCUCGCAUCCCUAGUCCUGAGACAAGUGUCACCAGUUUGUCCACCAAUACUACCACCACCAAUACAACUGGCCUCACUCCUAGCACUGGCAUGACCACCAUAUCCGAAAUGCCUUAUUCGGAUGAAACAAACUUACAUACUACAAACGUCAUGCAGCCAGGUGGGCCCACCCCUGUUUGUCUGCAGCUAACAGAGGAGGACUUAGAGACAAAUAAAUUGGAUCCAAAAGAAGUGGAUAAGAACCUGAAAGAAAGCUCUGAUGAGAAUCUGAUGGAACAUUCACUUAAGCAGUUUAGCGGGCCAGAUCCACUCAGCAGCACUAGUUCCAGCUUGCUUUAUCCGCUGAUAAAACUUGCAGUAGAGGUGACAGGACAACAGGACUUCACACAAGCUGGCAAUGGUCAAGCAUGUUUGAUUCCGGAUGUCCAAUCUGCUCAGGUCUAUCCUCUACCCAAGCAACAGAACCUUCCGAAGAGGCCUACUAGCCUCCCCCUAAACACCAAAAAUUCAACAAAGGAGCCACGGUUAAAAUUUGGUGGCAAGCACAAAUCAAACUUGAAGCAAGUGGAAACAGGCGUUGCCAAGAUGAACACUAUCAAUGCUGCAGAACCUCAUGUUGUGACAGUUACCAUGAACGGAGUGGCUGGGAGAAGCCACAGCAUAAACUCUCAUGCUGGCACAAUGCAAUAUGCCAAUGGGACAGUGCCGUCUGGCCAGACAACCAGUUCGGUAGCGCAGAGGGCCCAGGAAAUGCUUCAGAACCAGUUCAGUGGAGAGGAUAGUCGGCUGAAUAUUAAUUCAAGCCCUGAUGAGCAUGAACCCUUGUUGAGGCGGGAGCAGCAGGUUGGCCAUGAUGAAGGUGUUCUGGACCGCCUAGUAGACAGGAGAGAGCGACCACUGGAUAAUGGCCGAACAAAUGCCAAUAACAACAACAGUAAUCCGUGUCCAGUGCAAGACACAGCUACAGUCAGUAUCCAGAAUGUAGCGAGAAAUCCUGGACAGACCCAGACUAGAAGAGCACAGAGGCCUAAUUCGCUGGAUCUAUCAGCCACAAAUAGUUUGGAUAGCAGUAGUAUGCAGUUAGGUGACUCUUCACAGGAUGGCAAAUCGGGCUCAGGAGAAAAGAUCAAGAAACGUGUGAAAACUCCGUACUCACUUAAGCGGUGGCGUCCUUCAACGUGGGUCAUCUCCACUGAGCCGCUGCACUGCGAGGUCAACAAUAAUGGCAGUGACCGGGCAGUCCACUCCAAAUCCAGCACUGCUGUUUACCUUGCGGAAGGAGGUACUGCCACCACAAUGGUAUCUAAGGACGCAGGAGUGAACUGUCUGUGAAAUACUUUAAGAGCCGACAAAUGACCUUUUUUUUUGCAUUAUUUGAAACAAACACGCAGAAGACAUUUUAAAAAACUGCUUUCUCCUCCUGUCAGCAACCCCUACCAAGGACUCGCUUUAAAUAGAUUUCAGCUAUGCAGAAAAUUUUUAGCUUAUGCUUCCAUAUUUUUUAAUUUUGUUUUAUUUUUUGAACGUUUUUGCACUUUUAUUUAGUAUCGCUAAAGUUAAGUCUGUCUGUUUUGACCACAGAAUAUAUAUAUGUGUAUCAAAAAUGUGGUCUCAAAAUAUUUUUUUAAAAAAAAAGUAACAAAAAAAAGUAUUGCUGAUAAUCAGUUUGGACCAGUUUCUUAAGGUCACUAAGAUCAUAAGCAGACUAUAAGACAGGUUUGACUGCAGUGGUGUCUUGUAACCAUGUUUUGAUUUCUGUGCACAAGCUAGUCUGUAUAUUUCUAUGUUACAAAGUGUAUUCUCGUUUGAACCCCCUAUUUUUCUCGUGUCAUGUUGAAAUGUGCAAUAGUCUAUAGUUCACAGUAUGCUUUAUUGAGAAGUGUGUUUCCAAAACUGCCACAUGUUCCCCUUUUUGUAUUUGUUAAUUUUUCCCUGACAGUUGAGCAGUCAGCCAGUCAUGACAGUGAACUUUGCACACCAUAGCCAGCUUGAAGCAGCUGCCUAUAUCACCUUGUGCUCUGAGGUGACAAUGCAUGAAUUUUCCCCAACUUGAAAGGGCUUUUAAAAAGGAACAAAAAAAAAAAACCAAACUGAGCUCAGUACCUUUCCUUUGAUCCUUCCAAAUCAAAAUGUGUUUCCUUUAUAGUAGUAGAUGCUAUUCAGAACUGUGAAGUUCUGAAUAACAAAACAUUGAACAAAUGUAAGGAGACAAUGUCAGCCAUUUUUUUCCGUUUUAUUUUGUGUGCAUUUUCACCCCCUGUAUUUAUGUAAAGCCUUAUUUAGAUCACUAAUGAUGUACAUUGAAAAAUACAUUUUAUUCAGAAAUCUUAAUAACUGUCAUACUUAAAAGCUCUAGCGAAGAUAGGUUGUGAACGUAUUUUGUUUACACAGGAAAAAUCAUGAAUCUUCUUUGGCACAAAACAGUUUUGUGACGAGUCACAAAUCUUUCCUGAUUUACCUCCUUACUGACAGUCUGGGGUAAAAUCAGCCUGAUUACUUAUGCAGGUAGGUGCAUCCUAACUGACUUGUUGCUGAGUUGAGUUGAAAUUCAUCCUCCCUUCAGAGUUUUUAGAGCCCCUCAUUCAUCGUGUUAAAAUUUAUUGCAUGCUUAUAAAAUUCAUGGUUAUGAGUGUUUGCAGGGGAAGGUUGGGGUGUUUUUCCCUCUGCUUAGACCCUUCUUUCAGUUUGUGUGCGCAUUGAUUUUAGGUGUCAGUGAACACGAAUGUAAUAUCUAUUGAGAUAAAUUGUUUUUUCACCAUCUCAAGUAAACCCUACCUUUUUUUUAGAAUGAUUGUUUUUACUGUCUACUGAAAGAAAAUUAAUUUCCUUAUUGGUCAGGACCUCCUUCCGCCUGAGAAAUAUCCUUCCACUUUCUUUCUGAUUGAAAACACUUCAGUAAAUGCUAUUUAGAUAAAAAGGAUAUGACACAUAUCAUUGGUACUGAGUAAAGUUUUAUCACUUUAUCUGAAAACUGGUGAUGUUCAAAGAAAAUCUAUAUAGUCAGCCUGCCAAAUUCCUGUGGCAGGAUACUGGCAGCAAACAAUUGCCUCUCCCAGCCUGUCUCUUUUCAGCGGACUGAAACAGAUGCUCUGUGCUUUCAAGCUCAUUUGUUUCCUUGCUGUUAUAUUAUUUUUUCCCCCUGAGGUGAACUUUGCCAACCCUGUUCUUCUAUAUCUGAUGAUAUAGAUGAUACAACUAGCAUGAUAUAUGCCUUGCUAUAUCUGAUUCUUGCUGUUUUCCAAACUCCCUUGUUUAUGUUUGAUUGCUAUGAUUUUUUUCUUGUAAUGCUUCUUAAUGUUUCUUAGAUUCUCCUAGAUAUCUCCAAGCGGUAACUCUAUAAAUCCAGACUUUGAUUGAGUGUAGUUGUAGAAAUACAAGCCAUGAGACACAUUUUGGGCUCCCUGUGUUCUUUAAGCACCAGUUCAAGUAGUACCUUUCGUCUCUGAGGCGUAAUUCUGUUAUCCGCCUGUAUAAAUAUGCAGUUAUAUCUCCCCUCUUCAAAAAUACAGCCUUUCUCUGGUUUUACUUUUAAUUCACUCUCCAGCUUCCCAUCUGCUGCAAUCUCACAUCCCAGAUGUUGAAAACCUGCCAGUUGCUCAGCUGGGUUUCAAGACCCGAAUCAGAAUUUUUAUCAUUCUGUUCAUAACGCUGGCUGUGGUUUUUUUGUCUUUUGGCCUUCUUUGAGUCUCCAUUUGAAGUACGGUAUGUUGUUUUGUGAUGAUCGCUGUAUCAUGCAUGUUGAAGAUUCUUCACUCCUUUCCCAAUGACUUUUUGCUUUGCUUUGCGUGUAUCAUCCAUCAGCAUUUCAGAACGUGGGCUGAAAAGCAUAUUUAGGACACUCCUACCUAACUUGAAACACUCUGGGGGAGAGAAAAGUUGUUUGCUCUGACUACUGCUUCUUUCUGCUAAGACAGAUCUGCACCAGUCUUCUAGCCUUUCUUUUCAGGCCAGUCCUUUGUAAGAAAUACAGCUUUUUUUAUGCGCAAUGCAAUCCAAAUCAUUUUAAUAGGAGAUGAAAAUGUUCUUCUGCAGUUUUCCUUAAACAGUCUUAAAGCAAUCAUAAUAGUUUCUUUUCCUUUCUCUGUUCCUGUCACUUGCUGGAAGGCCUUUGGGGUGAAUUAUAAUUAGUAGAAAGUAUUGGCUUUGUAAUCUACCAUGGAUAAAUAUAAUUUGUAACGUGAUAGAAAUAUGUACUUUAUCACAAAAUACCCUAUAGAUUAAAUAGAGAAAAACUAUUUAUUUUUAAAGGUCAGUCAAAGCAAACUCUUAAGUAGGUACCAAAAUAUUGUAAUUCUGCACAGCUAGAUGAGAUCAGAUUAGCAGUUUGGUUUUAAUGCUUAAUUUAGUAAUGCCCUUUUUUUGCUCACAACACAUAAUCCAAUCUCCACAGAAUACUUUCUCUGUAAAUGAAAUUAUAUUGAAUUGUAUCUCAUACCGUGGGGAAUCAUCCUUAACCAAACAAAAUACAUGUAAGAGAGAGAAUUCUACAGGUCAGACACAUGGAUAGUUGAUAAUGUACAGGGGAGACAAAUGUGUUUUAUUUCUUUAUGGUUUGGGGUUUUUUUUUAAGAAAAAAGGAUAAUGAUGAAAGUUGAUAAUUUUCUAUCAGUUUCUCAUGUAUAUUGCAGACAAGAUAAAUACAGCAAAAUGAAAAUAGAAUGAUAGUGUAAAUACCUAUGAAUUGUGCCACUGUCAAACGGGCAACAGUAGAGUACUUGCUAUGAUAAUUUAUAAUGUAUAAUUCAAGUAAAAUGUUAGAGCAAACAUUUGUGAUGUUUGUAUAUAUAAGCCAAAAUCCAAAAUCUUACUGGUUUUAGAAAAUGACGUGCUAGUAGAAGCCAGAAGAGUUGCUUAGGUUAAUGCAUUGUCUCUUUUUCUGUUUCCUAUAAUAAGAGAUGCUCACCAACAUAACAUGGUUUUUAAAAUGUGAAUUCGAACCAUUUGAACAGACAUGCCUCAUAGUCAGAUUUGUUUUCUUCUAAAAUCGGUAUUUACAAGUCAGAUUAUCUGCAACACUUCCCCUGAAUUUGCUUAUAAUGCUCUAUAGCUUCACGUGCUAAACAAUCAGUAUUAAAAAUGCCUUUCUUGAAACUCCAAGAUGCGCUUAAAUUGCACAGCUAAAGGUAAAGGAAUUCCUAAUUUAAAAGAAAACCAAUUGAUAUUGUCAUCAUUAGAAUAUUCUCAGAAACAAAGAACAUUUCUGUUUGUGUUUUGCUUUCUUACUGUGUCUUGUUUCCAUAUAGAAAAUUACCUAAUUUUCAAAGGCAACAGAGUUUCUUUUUUUUCAGUGCAGUGGGGACAAAAAAAAAAAAGGCAAGAUGGAUGCUGGCAGGUUUCAGGAAACAAACAACAAAAAAACCUCACCUUUAUAAAUACGUUUAGGAAGUACGUAUCUUCCCACCUGUCAACUUUCUCUAAAAGAAAUCUUUAAUCCUACCUGCCUCAGAAAGGAGAAUAAGGAAGUUCUGUAUUUUUAUGGAAUAGAUUAUUGGGCCAAAUUUAAUAAUAAUGAAUUGUUACUUACAAAAUACGUAUGUAUACAUUGUAUAUGCCAUAAUUUCAGUGUUCAGUGCAUUUUGCUCUAAUGAUACUCCUUUUUUAAAUGUUAAAAAAGAAGUCCACUAAUAUAACAUUACUAAGUCUAUGUUCAGAUUAUAAUUUUCUUUCAUGAAAAAUAUUCAAAAGAUCAUAGCCAUUCUGCCAUUGAAACGUUAUUAUGGAAAGUUCCAGCCUAAUUAGGGAGAAUUUUAAAGUUCACAUAUUUAGUCAAUACAGGAGAAAUUAAUUAUGCUGUAAUUUUUACUUGCAUAAAAAUAAUGGCAGUUCCCAGUGCUGAAACGGGCUGUUUUUAAGUCAUAAAAAUAAUAAUUGCCGAGCACAGUAGCAUAUACGUGACUUGAUGUCUCAUUGGAAAAUUUGGAGCAGCUUAUCAAAGAAAAUUGAAAUAGGAUUGAUUAGUCUAUGAAAGUUGGAUUACAGACUGGACAACUUAGUAUUUUGCCUAAAUUUGGUUUAUUUGAAUUUUUCUGUCUGGUCUCCCACUAUCCAUCUUAACAGGUAAAUAUAUUAACCUCCUUUUUUUAAUGUGCUUACUUUUUGUUCAACUUUAAGCCUUUCUUCAGUGAAAAAGCUAUACAUAUUGCAGUGAAGCCAAAUAUAUAUCUUUUAUGUAAACUCUGUAUGUAUUUAGAUGCAUAUGUAUGUUGUGCAUAAAUUCCAGGAUUAAGUUCUGAGAGUUACAGCAUCAGACGGUAGCACUGGUAGCAAGUAUAACGUUCUUUUUCAUAUGCCAUUUUUAAGUCGUCUUUAGUGCAUCACAGUAAAAUUGGGAUCAGAGUGUGACAUACAGUCCAGUAGUGCGAGAUCUCCUGUGACAGACUUGUCACUGUUUAGGUGGAAUGGAUUUAUGAGAGAGAGAGAGAGAGAGAGAAAGCACAUGACAAACUUUAUCUGAAGCUUGAGUAAUUUAAGGCACCUCUCUUAAAGAUCAAAAAAUAACCCAAAAUACUUAAUACAUGAUAAUUUUUACAAGGCUUUUUAUAUAGUAGCUAUAGUUACGUGUGUGGUUGCCAUUUAAACAUAGUAUUUUAGUCCAUUAGAUCCAAUUACAUUUUAGGCUUCUAUAUUGUCAUAUAAAACUGUAGCUGUAGAAAUACAUCCCUUUUUU